AUGGAUCCGCUCACUGCCUUGGGUCUAGCAUCAAACAUUAUUCAACUUAUCCAGUUCACAAGCGACCUCGUAUCCAAGGGUCGCGAGAUCUACAACUCGGCAGAUGGGAGCCUCGUGGAGAACUUGGAGCUCGAAACAAUAGCUCAAAGUCUUCAAAAUCUCAGCAUCGACAUCUUGCCUUCACACUCGUCUCGGACGGACAAGCAGCUCGUAGACCUGUGUAAGAAAUGCAAUGAAAUUUCGCAAGAGCUUGUCAAAGCAAUCACAGCAGUCAAAGCAAACGGUCCAGAUAAAAAGUGGGACAGCUUUCGUCAAGCUUUGAGCAGUGUCUGGAAUCAAAAGGCAAUUGAUGCGUUAUCGGCGAGAAUGGAGAGGUACAGGAGCCAACUUGAUACUACCCUACUCGUAUCAUUGCGAGAGAAGCUUGAAAGCGAGGAUCGAACGAGAUUGAUAUUUCCACAAGGCUUAACACGCAUUAACGCUGAAGCAAAGAAGCCGUGGCAUGCUGAGCUCAUAGAAACUUUGAAACAGAACGAUUGGCAGGCGAAAAGUCAGCAAGAUAGGAUUGCAUUUUCCUCGAGGUUGUCAGAUUAUAGUAAAGACGACCGUGAACAAUUGUGCAAGGCGCAUAUCUUGGAGCAACUCGUCUUUGGGGAUAUGGGAGAUCGAUAUAAGCGUAUCGAGGAGGCACAUCAACGGACUUUCAAUUGGAUCUUUCAAGAAGGGCGAGAUGGCGACUUCGUCAAGUGGCUGAGCAAUGACGAAGACUUGUACUGGAUCACUGGCAAGCCCGGAUCAGGGAAAUCGACAUUACACAACUUGAUGCGUUGGAGUGGAAGUAAACCUCUGGUGACUGCUGGCUUCUUUUUCUGGAAUUCUGGAACAGUGAUGCAAAUGUCUAAGAUGGGCUUGUUGCAAGCUCUUCUGCAUGAUUUGUUUAUUAUCCGACGAGUCUCAGAACUUCUUCUUUUUAUCGAUGGUCUUGAUGAAUUCGACGGUGACUGUACGAAGCUGGCUUCGUUUGUCCUUGAACAUUCGGCGAGACCAAACGUCAAGAUAUGUGCUGCCAGCCGGCCAUGGUUGGUAUUCGAAGUCGCCUUCAAGCAACGGCCAUCGCUGAAGCUGGAGGACUUGACAGCUUCGGACAUCAUGCUCUUCGUGGGGGAGAGACUUCGUGGACACAGCAUGUUCAACCACUUAGAAUCAAUACAGCCCCAGGAAGCCAAGAAUCUGAUUGCUGAGGUUACAGGGAAGGCAUCUGGAGUCUUCCUGUGGGUUCGCUUGGUCAUAUCUUCUUUAUUAGAAGGACUUCGAGAUGGCGACAACAUGAAAGAUCUCCAGAAAAGACUAUACUCUCUGCCAGGAGAUCUUGAAGAGUUAUUUUCCAAGAUACUCAAUCAACUGAGUUCUUCAUACUUCGAGCAAGCAUCGAAGUUAUUCCAACUUGUGCGAGCGGCAGGUGAGACACUGUCCCUCUUAAGUCUCUCCUUUGCAGUAGACGGUCUAGACGAAGCAAUAGAUGCCGAAGUGGAACCAUUGUCUAGUCUUGAGAAAAAUACAGGACAGAAAGGAUGA